GUGUCAGACACCGUGGUGGAGCCUUACAAUGCAACACUGUCAGUGCAUCAGUUGGUAGAAAACACAGAUGAGACAUUUUGUAUUGACAAUGAGGCUCUCUACGACAUCUGCUUCCGAACCCUGAAACUGACCACUCCAACCUACGGUGACCUCAACCAUCUGGUCAGUGCCACUAUGUCUGGUGUCACCACCUGUCUCCGGUUUCCUGGUCAGUUGAAUGCGGAUUUGAGGAAACUGGCUGUUAACAUGGUGCCAUUCCCACGUCUGCAUUUCUUCAUGCCUGGGUUCGCUCCACUUACCUCCAGAGGAAGCCAGCAGUACAGAGCUCUGACUGUCCCAGAACUGACGCAACAGAUGUUCGAUGCCAAGAACAUGAUGGCCGCAUGUGACCCACGUCACGGACGUUACUUGACUGUUGCAGCCAUAUUUCGGGGUCGCAUGUCCAUGAAGGAAGUGGACGAGCAGAUGUUGAAUGUCCAGAACAAGAACUCCUCCUAUUUCGUGGAGUGGAUCCCCAACAACGUGAAGACAGCAGUUUGUGACAUUCCACCCCGUGGUCUCAAGAUGAGCGCCACUUUCAUUGGCAACAGCACCGCAAUCCAGGAGCUCUUCAAACGUAUCUCCGAGCAGUUCACGGCCAUGUUCCGCCGCAAGGCUUUCCUCCAUUGGUACACCGGCGAGGGUAUGGAUGAGAUGGAAUUCACAGAGGCCGAGUCCAACAUGAACGACUUGGUUUCUGAGUAUCAGCAGUACCAGGAUGCCACCGCUGAAGACGAGGGCGAGUUUGAAGAAGAGGACGAACAGGAAGAGGCAUAA